AUGUUUCGACAUCUUAAAGCAGCUCUGUCCCGGAUAUUUAAUUUAUUUUUUUUAUGUCCCCCCUCCCCAAUUCUUCAACUCCUCAGUGUCCCCAAUCAGUGUUUAUUUGCUCCCAAUUCCCCUCUCUGUACCUUUAAUUUUGCAAUCUUAGCGGCACCAGAACCUCAUUCCCCACGCCACCAUCUUCUAAUUGUUGGUAGUGAUGUAACGUCACUGCCUUCUCUUGCCCAGUAUGCGACCGGGGAGUACUUUGGAGAGGAUAAAAAUCUUACUGGUCAUGCGUGGCGCUUGAAAUUCUUGCAAUGGAGAAAGAACAGGAUAGAGGUGAGUAUUGUGUGAAAGUUAACUCGACAAAAGAAAUAAAGUUUGUUUUAAGCUCCACCCUUUUGUCACAAUUGUCAAGCGUAGGAAAAAUACAUAAGACAAAGUAGUUCCUAUUUUGUGUUAUGUUUUAAAGUGAAAUAGAGCACAAAUUAAGAAAAGAACAGCAUUUUAGAAGAGAAGAGGAAACAAUAAGAGAAAGAUAAUUUUGAGGUGACUAGGCUACUUUAAGUGUCCUUCUCAAGGCCUUCUCUGGUGGCCAGGCGUGCAGCUAAUGAGGGAGGCUUUUCACAUAGAUCACAGAAAGCAUUGCUAGACCUGUGCCUACCAAACAGUCCCAUGGAAGUCAGAGAUAUGUACAGCUAUUUUUAUGUUCAAAGUAAAUCCUAUUUCCUCUUUGAAGUGUUCGAAAGCAAGCAGUUGGAGCUAUAGUUAAAUGGUUUCCUUUUUUUUUUUCUUUUGCAAAACUGGCAUUGUGACAAAAUGCGACUGGCCACAUGCUGUAAUGCUUUCAGUAGAAAGCUGACAGCUGAACUACAUAUCCUAUUAACGUAUACAACAAAAAAAGGGAUUUAAAAAUGUGUAUUUUUUUUCUUUACAUUUUCCUCUUUUUUUUUUGCUGCAUUAUCUCCAUAAUGCAUUAAAAAAAAAAUGUCCCUUUUUACAUUUUUAGGAUCAUCGGCACAGGAUGAGGGUUAAAAAAUAUCACAAAGUAUCUUCAAAUUUACCUAAUGAACUCUGGUAG